AUGGCGCUUCCUUCGGCCUCUGUGACUAUCGUUUUCAUUUUCAUCUGCACUGUUUCUGCUGACAGAGGAGUUUACGGUAAAAUUAAAACUUAAGUGAAAUUUCCACAUGAAUUAGUCGACCAUGGUCAGAAUCUCUGUCCAUCUCUCUCUGUCUUAAAGACUGACUGACUGAAAGAUUGAUAAGAAGAGAAUGGUGGUUGUUGUUGUUGUUGUUGUGGUUGUAGUGUAAAGAAAUAUGUAUUGUGUGUUUUGAUGGUAAAAACUCGUUACAUGGAGGAUCAAACUUCACAGCAGCUCCUGGGCCUCAAAGGUCACCACUCUCUUUCUUCUUCUCUCAGAGGUCUUAGAGAAGAGAUGACGAAAAUUAAAGUUAAUGACUCCAAUAUAAAAUAAUGAAUAGAAACCUGCAAAUAUACCAUAAUUUUUUAAAUUUCCUUAAAGGGCCUUCCCAGAAGGAUUAAUUAAGUUCUACCUAAUCUAAAGGUAAGUUAUUGACUCACUGAGCAUUUUUUGGUCUAAAAGGUCUAAUAGACGUCUAAAUGUUGCCAAGACAACUGGUCCAAAAUCAGGCUACCACAGGUCUAAUAAUGAGAGUUUUUUUAGACAUCUAAAUUUAGACCAAGUUUAGACCAAGUCUAAAUCUGCGCUAUAUUGAUACUACACUGUAUAUUGCUCAAUGGCUAUCAUAAUUAUUUCAGUUUAGUACUCGGAGAUCAGUUAUGCAACUCAUAGUUGUGUUAAAGUGUCAGUGAGUCCACUUAAUUGUUGCAGCUGAUAAAUCUAGGCUCUUCUCUGAGUUUGAUGCAUCUAACCUCUUCAGUUAUCAACUGCAAAGCAGCCAAAGUCCUAUCUAUCAUAAAGAUAUUCAGUCAUAAAAUCAUCAUCAGUUCGUCAGACUCUGCUUCAAUGAUCCAAAUCUGGAAAGGUUCAGUGUAGAGAAGUGGAAAUAUUCAGCAUUAUCUAAUGGUCAUAUCCUACAGAAAAUCGCUCUGCUGCUCACCCCUCAUGUUGGUGAAACUCCACAAUGAGAGGUGACCUUUGAGGACCAGGAGCUGCUGUGAAGUUUGAUCCUCUGUUUGUCAAGUUUUCACAAUCAAAUACGCAAUACAUAUUCCUUUAUACUACAACCACCACCACCACAACAACAACAACAACCACUCUCUUCUUAUUAUUCUUUCAGUCAAUCAGUCUUUAGGAAAGAAAGAGAUGAACAGAGAGAAUGAUAGAAGGAGGCUCAGCAAUUCUUAAUAAAGUGGUUGUAGUAACGAAGUGAUUUCUCUGAAGGACCCCAGUCUCCUCAGCAAGUGAAGCUCUUGGGUCCUUCUUGUAGAGAGUGCUGAAAGAGCAGAAAAAACAAGAUUCAUGACUUUCAUCAGAUAAACCGUAUCAAACUGAUUCAAAAGGAUAAUACUUCCCUCUCUUUUGGUUAAAAAAUAAAGAUCUGUCCAAUGAGGGACGAAGCAGGAUCCUCAAGUCUGACCUCCUUUCUGCAACUGGAGCAGCACCUGAAAACACCCCAACUACAGACCCAACUGGGACAACUGGGAACACCCCUACAACAGACCCAACUGGGACAACUGAAAACACCCCUACAACAGACCCAACUGAAACAACUGACAACACCCCUACAACAGACCCAGCUGGAACAACUGAAAACACCCCAACUACAAACCCAACUGAAACAACUGAAAACACCCCAACUACAGACCCAGCUGGAACAACCGAAAACACCCCAACUACAAACCCAACUGAAAACACCCCAACUACAAGCCCAACUGGAACAACUGAAAACACCCCAAGAACAGACCCAACUGGAACAACCGAAAACACCCCAACUACAGACCCAACUGAAACAACUGACAACACCCCUACAACAGACCCAAAUGAAACAACCGAAAACACCCCAACUACAAACCCAACUGAAGCAACUGAAAACACCCCAACUACAGACCCAACUGAAACAACUGAAAACACCCCAACUACAGACCCAACUGGAACAACUGAAAACACCCCAACAACAGACCCAACUGAAACAACUGAAAACACCCCAACUACAGACCCAACUGGAACAACUGAAAACACACCAACUACAGACCCCACUGGAACAACUGAAAACACCCCAACAACAGACCCAACUGAAACAACUGAAAACACCCCUACAACAGACCCAACUGGAACAACUGAAAACACCCCUACAACAGACCCAAAUGAAACAACCGAAAACACCCCGACUACAGACCCCACUGGAACAACUGAAAACACCCCAACAACAGACCCAACUGGGACAACUGAAAACACCCCUACAACAGACCCAACUGAAACAACUGAAAACACCCCAACUACAGACCCAGCUGGAACAACUGAAAACACCCCUACAACAGACCCAGCUGGAACAACUGAAAACACCCCUACAACAGACUCAACUGAAACAACAGAAAACACCCCUACAACAGACCCAGCUGGAACAACUGAAAACACCCCUACAACAGACCCAACUGGAACAACCGAAAACACCCCAACUACAGACCCAACUGGAACAACUGAAAACACCCCAACAACAGACCCAACUGAAACAACUGAAAACACCCCAACUACAAACCCAACUGAAACAACUGAAAACACCCCAACUACAAACCCAACUGGAACAACCGAAAACACCCCAACUACAGACCCAACUGGAACAACUGAAAACACCCCAACAACAGACCCAACUGGAACAACUGAAAACACCCCUACAACAGACCCAAAUGAAACAACCGAAAACACCCCAACUACAAACCCAACUGGAACAACUGAAAACACCCCAACUACAGACCCAACUGGAACAACUGAAAACACCCCAACAACAGACCCAAAUGAAACAACCGAAAACACCCCAACUACAAACCCAACUGGAACAACUGAAAACGCCCCAACAACAGACCCAACUGAAACAACUGAAAACACCCCAACUACAGACCCAACUGGAACAACUGAAAACACCCCAACAACAGACCCAACUGAAACAACUGAAAACACCCCAACUACAGACCCAACUGGAACAACUGAAAACACCCCAACUACAGACCCCACUGGAACAACUGAAAACACCCCAACAACAGACCCAACUGAAACAACUGAAAACACCCCUACAACAGACCCAACUGGAACAACUGAAAACACCCCUACAACAGACCCAAAUGAAACAACCGAAAACACCCCUACAACAGACCCAACUGGAACAACUGAAAACACCCCUACAACAGACCCAAAUGAAACAACCGAAAACACCCCGACUACAGACCCCACUGGAACAACUGAAAACACCCCAACUACAGACCCAACUGGGACAACUGAAAACACCCCUACAACAGACCCAACUGAAACAACUGAAAACACCCCAACUACAGACCCGACUGGAACAACAGAAAACACCCCUACAACAGACCCAGCUGGAACAACUGAAAACACCCCUACAACAGACCCAGCUGGAACAACUGAAAACACCCCUACAACAGACUCAACUGAAACAACAGAAAACACCCCUACAACAGACCCAGCUGGAACAACUGAAAACACCCCUACAACAGACCCAACUGGAACAACCGAAAACACCCCAACUACAGACCCAACUGGAACAACUGAAAACACCCCAACAACAGACCCAACUGAAACAACUGAAAACACCCCAACUACAAACCCAACUGAAACAACUGAAAACACCCCAACUACAAACCCAACUGGAACAACCGAAAACACCCCAACUACAGACCCAACUGGAACAACUGAAAACACCCCAACAACAGACCCAACUGGAACAACUGAAAACACCCCUACAACAGACCCAAAUGAAACAACCGAAAACACCCCAACUACAAACCCAACUGGAACAACUGAAAACACCCCAACUACAGACCCAACUGGAACAACUGAAAACACCCCAACAACAGACCAACCAACUCCAACUGUGGUACCAACUCAACCAACAGAGGGUACUCCCACAACGUCUGCAUCUACCACAAGAGAGCCUCUAAAAUGCCAGAAUGGAGGAACCUAUGAUGGAACCAAGUGCAUAUGUCCUGUUGGAUUCUCUGGAACUCUUUGUGAAAAGGUUGAGGCCAUUGUUGACCCUGGUAAAUUCUUUAAAGCUCAUUAUGGUUUUUAAACAGACUCAAUUUUAAUGUUUUUUUAACCUUAAAGUCAUGCUUAAUAAAAUAUUGACAUCUAUUUUCAGACACGGUUGAUGGAACAGUUGUGGUGAAUGUGGAGAUCAAAGAGGAAUACAAUGAUCGAUAUGAUGAUGAGAAAUCAGAGGAAUACAUAUCAUUUGUUGGAAAUUUUACUGACCAGGUGAGUUGAAUGGAUAGAGCAAGUUUGUUGAAACAAAUGAGAAUAGUGUAGGACAACGAGCUGUUUAAAGAGCCACGAGGAAGGAGAGUUUCUUGAAAAGGGAUAAAUGAUAAAUCAAAAUCUGCAGGCAGCAAGGAAAGAGCCCCUGCACCUUGGAGAUUACUGUGGCAUGUUACAACCAUCAGGUGUGGAAAAGCAUCUAGAACAGUAUGGCAUUGGCUCUCAAGGCCGGGCCACGCCUUUUCCAAAUUUAUCACUUGUAGAAAUGCUCAUGACAGUGUAUAUGCUACAGAGAAAAAAAUGGGGAGAAGUUAACGUGUUUGUGCUACCUACUGGUCAUUUGUUUUUAUUAUUUAAUUUUAUAACCAAGUAAGCCAAUGUAGCUACGCUAAGGCUGGGGCCAUAAUCAUACCUAGAGCAGAUCAGACAUUAUUACAAUGAAAGGUGGUGGUAUGACUAUAACAGCGUUGUGUAACCCCAUAGCUUUGUGUUUAGUGGUGGACUGUGAUCAUGCUUAUGAAAUCUGUAACAAACCAAACAUUGUAUGAAAGAGUUAGAACACUUUCCUGUUUUAUGGAACGGCUUAAGUAUGACAGGUGCCCCCUUAGACAAAGAGUUGAGAAUUUUUAAGUCCUCAAAGAGUCUACAAUAUACCAACCAAGGUUCUUCAAACAAAACCACUUAAAAGACUUAGUUCCAAAAUGGACCAGUAACGUCGUAGAAAUAGGACCUUCAAAUGAUUAUAGUGAAAUACUGUUGGGUGCAGGGGAUGAGUGUGAGGGGAUCUUCUAUAGUGUUAAAAAUAAUAUAAAGUCCGAAAAAUGUUCAUGCAUGUAGGUAAAAUCCUCUUAAGAGGCAGACUUCUUCAAAAUAUCGGGGGCGCUGUUACAAAAAGAUUUUUGCAAAGUUUUGAAUGAAACUCAAAAACGAUCAAAGUUUGAUGAGCAGAUUUUGGUGAGUAGAAGCUAAUAGCCUACUGUCAAUACACCCAAAUAGUUCAUAAUACUCAGUUAAUACAUAAUUUUGGCGCGUCAAAGCCUCUUUAUAUGGAAGAAAAAGACAAUUUGGGUUAUAAAAGGGUCUCACACCAUGUUUCAGAACCUGGGACAGGAUUAUCAGAAAAUAAGCAGAUUAGAGGUGGGGAGAGCAGCAGCUCAUGAAAUGCCAAAAUCUGAGGCAGGGAGAGUAUAUGUAUACAUGCAAUGCAAAGGCAGGGAGAGCAGCAGCAAAGGCUUUAGCUUCUGGUCCAAACAGAUGAAUCUGUUCAGACGUGCUAAUAUGUAAUUGUUAUAAAGAAUUAAAGAUGAAACUGAUAUUUUUUGUGGCUUUUUACAGAUGAUGAAGUUUUACAGACCAAAAAUGAAAAAUCUAAAAGACGUGGUGGUUAUCAAAGUCAGGUAUUAACCUAAAACUUAAAAGUAUUUUAAAUUCUGCUUAUGUUUUAGUAGUCUGUGUUUUAACAGUUUCUUUUUGUUUCUUUUCUUGUAGCCGUGGAGACCCAUUAACCAGGUUCUCCAGCAGCCUUUCGGAAAAGGUAAAGUUUUUUUAAAUCACAGCAGUUCAGUGAUUGGACAUGAAAUAAAGUCAGAUCUUAAAAACUACUUAAUGUAACUUUCAGAGAAGAGGAAGGGCUGAAGACAUGUCCAGCUACAGAACCACACCAGAAGGAGUGGGGUAAUUAAAGGAGAAGAUACUGAUGACUACUUUAAAAUGGCAAACUGUGUCCUCAGAUUGAUUGAAGGAAAUUUACAUCAGCACUUUUCAUCUAGUUAACCACACAUCUUUACUUGUCCAUUGGCUACUGGCUUUUACUUAUUCUAAAUAAUAAUAUUGUAUAUGUAUUAUCACAUGGGUCAACAAAGUAACACCUACCUUUAUUUAAAAAGAAAAAAACACCUUGUCCCUCACUUUCUGCAUUUUAAAAUUUCUCUUUCAGGGUCAAAGUGGAACAUAAUGUUGUCCUGGAGUUCCAAAAUAUUCCUGGAUAUCAGGAGGAAUUUGAUAAAAAUACCAAAGAAAUUGCGACGGCAGUUGGUGAUCUAGUUGACUGUACUGAAGGUAUGAAAGAAAUAUCCUGAACAUGAAUAGACAAGAUCAGAAUCUAAUAAUGACAAUCCUCUGUGAAGAUGCCAAGCUCAAACUCAUUAAAACAGAAUCGAAGGUUUUUAAAUCUUUUUAAGUCUUUAUCUGAUUAAAAAAGUGCAAAGACAACUAUUUAUAUGUUGAAACCAAAACAUGUUACUCUUGUAUGAUUUCAUCAUCUACAGUCCAUAAUAUCAUGAAAAGAUUCAGAGAAUCUGAAAAUCUCUGUACAAAAAGGACAAGGACCAAAACCAAGACUAGAUGGCCAGGCCCUCAGGCAGCACUGCAUUAAAAACAGACACGAGUCUGGAGUGGAAAUUACUACAUGGACUAAAAAUAACCAUUUAAAAAAACAUUGACAGUGGACACAGUUCAUCACUGCAUCCAAAAAUGAGGUUCAAACUGAACCCUGCGAAGAGGAAACCAGAUAGAAACAUGAUCCAGAAUCACCAGACUUCCCUGGAUCUCAGCCCAUUUAAGGUGGACUGGGAGGAAAACUGUCCUGACGAAUGAUGAAUUAAAAUCUGGAAAUCAUGGACACUGCAUCCUGCUCUUUACAGAAUAGAGAGUCCACCAUGCUUUUUCUCAGCUCCCAGUCCAAAGCCAGCAUCCCUGAUGGUGAGGGGAUCAUCAGAGUCCAUGUCAUGGGUAUCUCCCACAUCUGUGAAGGCUCCAUUAACAAUAAUAUCUACAGGUUUAGGAGCUACACCUGCUGCCAUCUAGACAACGACUUCUACAGGGAAGACCUUCAUAUUUCAGCAAGACAAUGACAAACCACAUUCUGAUAACAGGGAUUACAGCAGCGUGGCUCUGUAGUGGAAGAGUCCUGCUGAUAAACUGGUCUGCCUGCAGUCCUGACUUGUCCCCCAUUGAAACAUUUGGCGCAUCAUGACAUCAAUAACAGGACAAAGGAGACCCUGAACUGUGGAGCAGCUGAAAUCUUCUAUCAGGCAAAAAUGGGACAACAUUUCAUUUUCAGACUCCAGAACCUGGUCUGCUGGGUUCAUCUAGGUCUACAGAGGGUUGGUGAAAGAAGAGCUGAGGAUACAUGAUGAGAAACAUGAACCUGGAACUACUUUUUACAAAUAUGCUGCUGAUAUCAGAUUUAAACUGAACAUUUUUUUCCAAAAAAACAAAACAAAAACAGUUUUCGGUUUUUAACAUUUAAUAUGUUGUCUUUGCCCCAUUUUAAUGAAUUAUAGACAUUAGACUGAAACACGUUAAAACAUUUUAUUAAUUCUUAAUUAAUUUUGCUAUUAAUUUUUUUUCCCCAUUUUCAGACUGUCCAGAUUUCAGCGUCACAGGCAAACCCACAGUGAAUGCUUCAGAUCUGAAAGCUGGAUGUCAGUAUAACACAAAGCUGUGUGACUGUGUGAAAAUGUGUGUGUGACUAAACAGGUGUGAUAACUAACAAAAUAAGCAUACAUUUGCUUAGUCUGAUUCUAACCAGGAUCAGAAUCAGACUCAAAACACUUGACUUAAGCCAAGUGGAACAUUGGGUCAUUACACUUGCUCAGGCAGAUACAAAUAUCAGAAGAACAAUAGAAAUAAGAAUUAAUUUAGAAUAAAUAAGAAAUUAAAAAAAUAAAAGAAUAUGAGAAACAAAGCUACAAAAGUAUUGAAGAAAUAAGCUGUGUACAAGCAGAGAGAGUUCAUUAGUUUCAGCGUUGAAGUGUAGGAUUCUGCACAGAGUAUUUUACAGUAAAACAUAAUAAUUGCACAGAGAAGUUUCAUGAGCUGUGUGUUUUCAGUACUGCACUCUUGCUAAAAACUCAAGACUGAGCCAGGAAAACCCCCCGUUCUGUAUCUGCAAAAAUUCAUGCUUAAAUAGCUUAAAACUCUUUCAUGUACAUGCACGCAGUUUCUCUUUUCAUGUCUUUAUAUUUUCCUUGUUUUUAUCAACAGUCUGUGAACAGCACAUCAGUGAUCCAGAUCUUUUAGACCUCUACUUAGCUGUGGAAAUCGAUGAGAAACUGACCUGUGUGACAGCCUGCCGCAAGGAACAUCCAAAUCACAAACGUUGCUACAAUGACGGAUUGUGCCAAGUGUUUAAAGCCUCUGGAGUUUCCUGCAAGUGAGUUUUAUCCUGCUGUGCAUGACUUCAUCCUGGUCCUUUUUAUUAAAGUUAGCAGUGAGUGAAGUUGAGAGCUUCUUCAGUGAUCUUCUGAAAUGUUGGUCCAUAAGCUCUUAGUUUGCUGAGAUUUGAUUUUCACUUUGGUGUGCUGAUCUGAAAACUGACUUCAUAAUGUCUCCUUUCUCUAGGUGUGUUGACGUGUCCUCCAACUGGUACCUGGGGGAUGACUGCAGAAUGGCCAUGCACAAGAUAGCUUUCUUCACUGGACUGAGUGGGACACUGGCAGUUCUGCUGGUGCUGAUAGGAGUUCUGACGGCGUUUGUGCUGAGAAACAAGAACACAGAGCGGAGGUGAGAUGUUCAAUAUUAAUUUGCACAAGAGUCACCGUGAAAUAUUCCUAAACUUUAGUUUUAGUCAGAAAUACUGAAUACUGACCUUCAAUAUUUCAAAUAUUCAUCAAUUUCUCUUUGCGAUGACUGCUGAAAAAACAUAAACUCCGACAUCACCAGCUUGUAUAAUGAUAAUAUUACUAUAUAAUGGAGUCUGAGGACAAGAAUCAGAAUAACUAACUCUGUGAGAAUCAAGUUUAAUUAAACCAGAAUAAAUCUCAUUAUAAUAAAGGAUUAAGAAGUCCUAUAGUUUUUAUUCUUGUUACUUUAUUUUAUUUUGAACAUAAUAACUUUAUUCUUACAACAAAACAACCUUAUGCUCAUAACAAAAGUUUAUUUAUUUGUAAUAUUACUGCUUUAUUAAUUAACAUAAUGUCUGUUUUCUGACGGAGAAAAAAGAAUGUUUUUACAAAUGUAUACCUAUAGCUUAACAACUCUAUUCUCAUAACUUUAUAUGACUUAAAAACUAUAUUCUUGUAAAACAAAAAAAAAGUUAAUAUCAAAAUUUUAUGUUCCUACUUUCAUAACUCAUGGACUUUGUUUUUAUAAAAUGACUCAAUUAUACUGACUUUAUGUUUUAUGAUGACUUUAUGCUCACAUAAAACUGCAUCAUUUAAAAACAGUUAAAGACCCACUCUGAUGAAAAUCAUGUUUUUCUUGUUGUCUACAUCUUUGUAUACCAUUUUUCUGAUGUUAGAGGAAAUAUAAGAAAAAAUAAGUGCGAAAUUGCAUUUCUGAGUAUUUUUGCAUUCAAAUCGCUGUGAAUCUCUGGCAGACCCAAACAGCAGGUGCAGACACAUAAAGAUUUCUUACAUCACAAAUCCAAGCUCCUCCCCUGGUGCCCCGCUAUGCAGGCUAGACUCAGAUAAGUAAAGAGGACGAUCGCGACAGUCAGAUUGCAAUGCUCGUAAAAAAGCUAAUUAUGAUAUUAGCUUUCAUCAUGUCCCCAAAGAUAUUAGUGUCUGAGAGCUGAAUAGCUCCUAUGUUACCUGCUACUUUUACUACACCGGCAAUGUUAGGCUGCAAGCUAGUGUGAAUAGGAGUGUGAAUAGCAGCGCUGUCUCCGCCCAUGACUCAGAGGCGAAUUGCUAAUGAUCUACUGGAGCUUUGCAGAAGAAAAGCACAUUAAAAAGUCACAGGUAACGGAUUUGGGCUAAAAAAUUCAUAAUCACAAUUUAAAAAUCACUGAGAACAUUUUAAGCAGUAAAAAUAAAACGAUCGGAGUGGGACUUUAAACUACUGUCACAGGUGAUGCUCAGCCUUCAGGGUGUGUGUUCCUGGUCCACAGAGACUGGGCACACAGGUCUCGAUGCUCUGAGCUGUAUCAGGACCUGAACAGAAGUAACCACUCUGCAGUUUUAACCUCAGUUGCUUUGCAGGUUUUAUUUUAGUAUUUCAGAGUCAGCGUAUAGAUCAAAACUGUUGAGCGAUGAACCGUCAGUUCAGAGAAAAGAAGCUUUAACUGUGUGAAACUGCAGGAUGAUUGUCUUUGUGAUGAUGAAUGAUCUAACUGCUGCGUCUGCAGGAACAAAGACCUGAAAGAAGCACAGGUGAACGAGUGGAUGACAGAGGACUUUGAGUGGCCGAAACCAAACAUUCACAGUGCAGGUAAAUAACACACACACCCACACCCACAGAGGCUUUUCAUUGCAGCAGUGGUAGAGAUUACCUCUUACUGCACUUUCUUUAUGAGUUGCAUUUGAUGGUAAAUUCCACAAUAACAAAGUUGGUAUAAAGGCAGGAGUUUUGAGAAAUGAGAUGAUUAUUUCCUCCAUUUAGUUUACCCAGAAAAGUUUCAUUAAAGUCAAUAAGAUCAUCUUUAAAUAAGGAGGGGAAGUGCUGCAGGUCAAAGGGAGAAGUUCACCUGGAGAGGAGCCAUCCUCUAAUCUGACCGUCUAUAUAAAUACAGUCCAGAGGGAGGAGCUGCAGUAAUAACUACUCAGACAUGUGCUUCAUAUGAACAUUUGAUGAUUUUCAUUCUGCUUUUAGAAGUGUACAGAAACCCAUCAUUCAGAGGUGGAGCAGCAGUCCACAGAGAGGAUCCAGGUGUCUACAGACCACCUCCACCUGUCUACUCAAGCCGACCACCUUCACAGACGGACUACAGACAGUCUGGUAGCCCAGUGUACCCCUCACAGCCAGUUUUCAGAUCCAAUACUCCAUCUUCUACCACGACCUACCCACAGUCUUUAGGACCAGCCCGACCAUAUGGAGACUCAUUCAACCAGGUCAGUGAUGCUGUCCACAAUAUAAUGUGUGACCGUGUUUCACCUGAAAAUGUUCAAUCAGAGAAAAUGAAACAAAGACAAUUCACUUUUUCAAACAGUUUUCACUUUUAAAAACCCUCACUGCUUCUUUCAGCUCACUUUAAGGUGCUCAGGGAAAAAAAUCAUUCUAGCAAGAGCCAGAAUAUUUCCAAAUCUAAAGAUAAUUCUGAAAUCCCGAAAAAAACUUUUAGACAUGGGAAAGCUUUGGCAAGAUCUUGAGAAACUCCAUGAGACUCCAAGCAACUUUAGCAGGACCGAGAAAUACUACCAAGAAAGUUUUGCAAGAUGCCUUACUUAGGCAUCUUGCAAAAUUCUUACAAGAACCAAAGAAAUUUUUUACAAAAUCCCCAAAUCUGUUAUUAGAUCCUGUGAAAAGCUAUCUCUGAGUAACUUCUAAGGGAACCAGAAAACAAGCUCCAGGUCAACUUUGCAAGAACCUCAGGAACUUCAUUAUGGGUCACUUUGGCAACAUCCUGAAAAACUCCUGUGAGACCCUGUGAAGUUUUGAAAGAGUUUGAAGAGCCUUUGUGAGACCCUAGAGGGGGCAGCUGUGACACAGUGGUAGAGUCGGUUAUCUCAGAAGGUCAGGGGUUUGACCCCAGAGCUGACCACAUGCCGAAGUGUCCUUGAGCAGGACACUUGACUCCACCUGCCCUGGCUGGCUUUAUCUAGUGGUGUAUGAAUGGUCGUCAAUAAAUGUGGUGGUAAAAGGUCAGAUCCUCAGCCAUUGUUUCUCAGAUUUUCAGCAGGAUCAGUGAUGAACCUUUAGUAACCCUGUGUGAAGAUGCAUUACAGCUGUCGAUUAAUGCUCCAUCUCUUUCUCUCUUAUCUCCUCAGAUGAGGAUCCAGAGGCCUCAAAUCAGGUUCUAA